UCAACAUGCCUGGAGCCGGAACUUUUAAAUUGUUCAUUGGCAAUCUAGAUGAAAAAACUCAAGCAACGGAACUGAAGCCAUUGUUUGAGAAAUACGGUACCGUUGUGGAAUGUGAUGUCGUCAAGAAUUAUGGUUUCGUCCACAUGGAAACCGAGGAGCAGGGUCGCAAGGCCAUUGAAAAUCUUAACGGUUAUAUGCUAGGUGGCAACGGUAUUAAGGUAGAGGCGGCCAAGAGCCGACGUGCACCCAACACCCCGACAACGAAAAUCUUUGUCGGCAAUCUAACCGAUAAGACGCGAGCACCCGAAGUACGUGAAUUAUUUAAGAAAUACGGUACCGUUGUUGAGUGCGAUAUCGUCCGGAAUUAUGGUUUUGUCCAUUUGGAUUGCAUCGGUGAUGUGCACGAUUGCAUUAAGGAUUUGAAUGGUCGUGUCGUCGAUGGUCAACCGUUGAAAGUGCAAGUGUCAACAAGUCGUGUGCGGCCAAAACCCGGCAUGGGCGAUCCAGAACAGUGUUAUCGUUGCGGCCGUCCGGGUCAUUGGUCCAAAGAAUGUCCGCGUUUGUACGGAGGUAAUGGUGGCCGAGACUUGGGUCCGGGCGGCUAUAGAGAUCGUAUGUACGGACGUGAUCCAUAUCCACCACCACCGCCACCACCACCAUUCUUGCGUGAUCGUAUUAUGGAUGGCUUUAGGGAUUACGAUUACUAUGAUCGUCGUUUCGAUGAUACCCGCGAUCUGUUCGAACGCCGCUAUCAGGGAUCACGUAUGCGUGAUUUCCCACCACCACCGCUGUCGCGACGUGAUCCUAUGCCAUUGCCACCCACGUUGAACGGUAGCCUGCGUGGCAGCAGCUUAUCCCGUGGCUAUGACAGUAUGUUUAGUCGACGAUCACCACCACCAUCGCGUAGCAGCAAUGGCAUGGGCCGUUACGGUGGCUAUGAAGAUUUUAGCCGUGAUUCGUUUGAUGAUCGUAUGAUAUCACGCGGUAUGCGUAAUCCAUCACCACCCGGUCGGCGGUAUGCACCGUACUGAGAUGAACUGUAUUAUAGUAAUAGUUCCAAGA